AGUAGCUAGCAGACCGCCGCGCCCCCCGCGCCUCUUUAAAUACCGCGGCCUCCACCUCCACUCGACGACCACUCCCCGCACUCUCCACCCGUGAGCCGCUCCCCCUUCCGUCCCGGCCCUCCCGCUUCCCCGAAUCCCGGAGAAACCGCCGCCAUGGACAAGGCCGCGCUGGUGGCUGAGAACAGCACGGACGCCGGCGGGUCGUCGUCGUCGUUCUCGGGCCUGCGCGCGUACGGGCGCGCGCUGGCGCAGACGCCGCGGCGCCUGGCGCGGCGCGCGUGCGCCGCCACGGCGCCCCGCGAGGAGAUGAGCCGCGUGCGCGCGCGGUCGGGCCCGCGCAUGGCGCGCGCGCUGCGGUGGUGGGACCUGGUGGGGCUCGGGCUCGGCGGCAUGGUGGGCGCCGGCGUGUUCGUGACCACGGGCCGCGCCGCCCGCAUCUACGCGGGGCCCGGCCUCGUCGUGUCCUACGCCAUUGCCGGCCUCUGCGCGCUGCUCUCCGCCUUCUGCUACACCGAGUUCGCCGUCGACAUGCCCGUCGCCGGCGGCGCCUUCAGCUACCUCCGCGUCACCUUCGGGGAAUUCGCGGCAUUCCUGACGGGGGCGAACCUGAUCAUGGAGUACGUCUUCUCCAACGCCGCCGUGGCGCGCAGCUUCACGGCGUACCUCGGCACGGCGGUGGGUGUGGACGCGCCCAGCAAGUGGAGGAUUCCUGUGCCGGGCCUGCCCCAGGGGUUCAACCAGGUGGACCUCGUCGCCGUCGGCGUCAUCCUCCUGCUCUCUGUCUGCAUCUGCUACAGCACAAAGGAGAGCUCGGUGGUGAACCUGGUGCUGACGGGCGUGCACGUGGUGUUCAUCCUCUUCAUCAUCGUCAUGGGGUUCGCGCACGGCGACGCGCGCAACCUGAGCAGGCCCGCCGACCCGGCCCACAGCCCCGGCGGCUUCUUCCCGCACGGCGCCGCGGGCGUGUUCAACGGCGCGGCCGCGGUGUACCUGAGCUACAUCGGCUACGACGCCGUGUCCACCAUGGCCGAGGAGGUGGAGCGGCCUGACCGCGACAUCCCCGCCGGCGUCUCCGGCUCCGUCGUCCUCGUCACCGUGCUCUACUGCCUCAUGGCCACCUCCAUGUCCAUGCUCCUCCCGUACGACGCGGUACGUACGUCAGUCAGUCAGUCAGCAUGCUUGCCGAGUGAAAUGAAAGAGGACGCGAAGUCGGCAGCCAUGUACAGUGACAGUGCCACUGCCACUGGCAUUGUUUUCUAUGACACUUUUGCGGAUAUUGGUCGUGCGAUCUGGAAUGAAUCUAUACUAUACUCUGCUGUCCCAAUCCCAAUCGCAGAGGGGACGUCCUGCAACUUUCUGGGAGUGAAGAAGUCGGAGAGAGAGAGAGAGAAAAAGAAGCAUCUUGGCACUUCACUCGUCUGCUUUCCACACAAGUGGGCAUGGACAUGGACUUGUGGCAGAUUUUUCUCAACUGGUUCUGGAUGUUGUUUUCCUGUCGUGCAGAUCGACCCGGAGGCGCCGUUCUCGGGGGCGUUCAAGGGGCGGGACGGGAUGGCGUGGGUGUCCAACGUCAUCGGCGCCGGCGCGAGCCUCGGCAUCCUCACGUCACUGAUGGUGGCCAUGCUGGGGCAGGCCCGGUACCUGUGCGUCAUCGGCCGCUCCGGCGUCGUGCCCGCCUGGCUCGCCAGGGUCGACCCCCGCACCGCCACCCCCAUCAACGCCUCCGCCUUCCUCGGCCUGCUGACGGCGGCGCUGGCGCUGUUCACGGAGCUGGACGUGCUCCUGAACCUCGUCUCCAUCGGCACGCUCUUCGUUUUCUACAUGGUGGCCAACGCCGUCGUGUACCGCCGCUACGUGGGCGACCCGUGCCCCGGCUCCGGCCAGAAGAGGAGGGCCUGGCCGGCGCUGGCCUUCAUCGCGGCCUUCUCCCUCAUUGCGAUCUCCUUCACGCUGCUGUGGCAGUUCGCGCCGGGGGGCGCCGCCAAGGUCGGGCUCCUGUCCGGGACCGCGGCGGUCGCAGUCGCCGCGGUUGUCGCGUUCCAGGCGCUGGUGCCGCAGGCGCGCGAGCCCGAGCUGUGGGGCGUGCCCGGGAUGCCCUGGGUGCCCGCCGCGUCCGUCUUCCUCAACGUAUUCCUGCUCGGCUCGCUUGACCGCCCGUCGUACGUCCGGUUCGGCUUCUUCUCGGCCUUCGCAGUGCUGUUCUACGUGUUCUACAGCGUGCACGCCAGCUACGACGCCGAGGAGGGCGGCGCGGUGGACGGAGGCGGCGGCGGCGACAAGCUGCAGGACCAAGGAUGCGAUGUGUAGGCGUGUAGCAGAGUGGCUGACGUAGGCAGACAGCUCAGCCUUCCUUGAUCUACCUUUUGCUUUGUUUUUUUGUUAUGUUUAGAUGUUUUUAGUAGGUUCUUAGAACUAAUUGUCAUUGAGUUAGUGCUGAUGCAUGUCCGUGACACCCUCGAGGGAAAAACAACCUGAAGGAAAUAGAGAGAGAAAUGACAGGCAGAUGCAAGAUGAAAUGCGACUACAUAUAUCCUUCACAUUUUUUUGGUUAUUA